AUGUCGCUCGCAAGAGGAGUAACAGCAGCAGCGCGGCGAACGCUAGCGACGACGAGAACGACGGCGUUUCCCGCCUUCCGCGCCGCGGCCGUGCGUGCCCCCCGCACCUACGCCACCCUCUCGCCGCACACCCCGCCCCCGACGACGGCGUACGACGUGUUCGACGAGAGCGCUAAGGCGGCGCAGCGCGACCGCGCGGUCGCGCGCAUCGCCGAGGCCGUCGACGCGGGCGAGGUCGAGGGGCCCGAGGUUCUCGAUUACCUGCGCGACGAGGUGGCCGACCGCAUUGUCGAGCGAGUCGAGGACCUCAAGGUCCCCCCCGCGACCAUUGUCGACCUCUCGGCACACGCGGGCCAGCUGACUCGCAUGCUGCAGGACGUGCUGGGCGACGAGCUCCACCCGUCCACUGAGGGCGCCGGCGUGCUGGGACAUGCGAAGCGGAAGUGGAUCAUGGUCGAGCAGAGUGGCGGCGCGCUGAACCGCGACGCGGACGAGACGUUUGCAUACCCGCCCGAACGCAUCCAGACCACGGUGUCGAGCUUCCUCGCCGACCCCCGCCUCGACGCUCUGCGGGAUAAGGUCGACUGUGUCGUCUCCUCUGGUGGUCUGCACUGGAUCGGCGACAUUGUUGGUGCCUUUACGCAGAUCAAGCACCUGCUGAAACCGGACGGCGUGUUCAUCGGCGCCGUCCUGGGUGGGGACACACUGUUUGAAUUGCGAACCUCGCUCCAACUCGCUGAACAGGAGCGCCGCGGCGGUAUCGCGAACCGCGUCUCGCCCAUGAUCAACACGACCGACGCACCCUCCCUCCUCAACCGCGCAGGCUUCACCCUCACGACCGUCGACACGGACGACGUGACGAUCAACUAUCCGUCAAUGUGGGAGCUGAUGCAGGACCUGCGGGACAUGGGCGAGUCGAACGCGAUUCUGGGCCGCAAGACGCACGUGUCGCGCGACGUCCUGCUGGCCGCCGAGGCGAUCUACAAGGAACUCUACGGCAACCCCGACGGAUCCGUCCCCGCUACGUUCCAGAUCAUCUUCUUCGUCGGCUGGAAGCCGUCGCCCAACCAGCCCAAGCCGCUCGCCCGGGGGUCGGCGCAGACUAACCUCAAGGAUAUCUUGUAGGCGGGGUAGAGGGGAGCAUGC